ACUCUUACCAAUCGCAUCAAAGAGGAGGUCAGCGGUGAACGGUGGUAUCGAAUGGGUAAAUUGAUGCUCAUAGUGGGCCAUCUCGAUCAAGCUGAGGAACUCUACGAUGAACUACUUAAUGGUGCUUCUGAUGAUAGUGACAGGGCAUUUAUUCAUCACCAACUUGGGGGGAUUAAGGACAGUCAAGGUAAAUAUCCAGAAGCAGCUAAAUUCUACGAAAAAUCACUCAACGUAUACGAGCAAAUUCUCUCACCAAACGAUCCAAAAUUGGCUACUAUGUACAACGACAUCGGUCUACUGUAUCACAACAUGGGUGAAUACUCGAAAGCACUUGAGUUUUACUAA